GGAGAAGUCAACAUGGAAGAACUUCGUCGUUUCUUGACUGGUCAAUCCGCUUGUACUUCUAACUGUCUUACAGGGUUGUAGCUAUCAUGGUUUUGGAUGUUCUUAUCCGUUAUGUUCCCUCCAAUGUGCACAUUGGUGUUGGUCGCUCCUUCUAUACUCCCGCUGAUAAGCGUGCCCUACCCAACGGUGCCGAAGUCUGGCAGGGUUACUACCAAUCCGCUCGUCCCACAGUUGGUAAAAUGAUGAUCAACGUCGAUGUAAGCUCCACUGCCUUCAUUGAAUCUGGUCCCGUUCCUGAAGUCGUCGCCAAGAUGCUUGGUCGUCGCUCUAUUGAUGAACUUCGUCGUGGUAUCCCUGAACGUGAAUUGACCAAGCUUGUCAAGCUCCUCAAGAAUGUUUACAUUAACGUUAUUCAUCGUGGCGAAAAGAAACUCAAAUAUAGAGUCACCAAGCUUACACCUUCCCCUGCUGAUCGUACCAUGUUCAAGGAUGAAGCUGGUAAUGAAAUGUCCGUUGCCGAUUACUUCGCCAAGCAAUAUAAUAAGCGUUUGGCUUUGCCCUUCUUACCUUGUAUCGUUGUCAAGAAGGACAUCUUUUUGCCCAUGGAAGUUUGUGAGAUUAUCCCUGGUCAACGUUUGGAAAAGAAGUUGAAUGAAAAGCAAACUGCUGAAAUGAUCAAAUUCACUUGCCAAAAACCCAACAUUCGUGCUAACAAGAUCCGUCAAGGUCUUGGUCUUAUGCAACAUCGUGAUAAUCCUUAUUUGCAGCAAUUUGGUAUGGCUGUUAAGCCCGAAAUGGCUGUUGUUAAGGCUCGUGUGCUUCCUACUCCCAAGAUUUCCUAUCACCAAAGUUCUCAAGAUGCCGAAUUCGCACCUCAAGGUGGUGCUUGGAAUUUGAGAGGCAAGAAAGUUGCUCAAGGCGCUACUCUUGGUUCUUGGUCUGUUGUCAACUUUGCCGGUGCUGUCCCCUUGCCUGCCAUUCAAAGAUUCAUUCGUGAACUUUGUCAAACUUUCAUCGAUACUGGCUUAAAUGUUGUCAACCGUCAACCUCCUAUCAUCUCUGCCGACCCUCACGGUAACAUUGAACGCACACUCAAGGAAGCUUGGUUGAAGGCCGGUAAUGCCGCCAAGGCCAACCCUCAACUCAUUUUAUGUAUCCUUCCCAACACUGGUGUACCCUUAUAUGCUGAAAUCAAGCGUAUUUCUGAUACUCUCAUUGGUGUCCCUACACAAUGUCUUCAAAGCAAGCAUAUUGCUGAUGCUAAGAAGCAAUAUUGUGCUAACGUCUGUUUGAAGGUUAACAUGAAGCUCGGUGGUAUGAAUUUGUUCCUCUCUCCUCCUCAAAUUCCUUUCAUUGCUCAACGUCCUACAAUUAUUAUUGGUGCCGAUGUCACUCAUCCUUCUCCUGGUGAUUUCAACAGACCUAGUAUUGCCGCCCUUUCCGCCUCUAUGGACGCUCGUGCCUCCAGAUAUUCCUCUGCUAUUCGUGUUCAAGCUAACCGUACUGAAAUUAUUGCUGAUUUGGCAAACAUGAUGAAGGAAAUCUUGAAGAACUUCUAUCAAUCUUGUGGCCAAAAGCCUGAAAGAAUUCUCUUCUAUCGUGAUGGUGUUUCUGAAGGUCAAUUCAAGCAAGUCAUGGAUUCCGAAGUAGCCGCUAUUCGUGCUGCUUGUGCCUCUCUUGAAAAGACUUACCAACCUACCCUUACCUUUGUUGUUGUUCAGAAGCGUCAUCAUGCUAGAUUCUUCCCUAUCGAACAACGUGAUGCCGACCGUACUGGCAACUGCUUGCCCGGUACUGUCAUUGAUACCGACAUUGUUCAUCCUUUCGAAUUCGAUUUCUAUCUCCAAUCUCAUGCUGGUCUUCAAGGUACUUCUCGCCCUACUCACUACCACGUGCUUCAUGAUGAGAACAAGUUCACUUCUGAUGCUUUGCAAGAAUUGACCUACAACUUGUGUUACAUCUACGGUCGUGCCACCCGUGCUGUCUCCAUUGUACCUGCCGCUUACUACGCCGAUUUGAUCGCUGCUCGUGCCAGAUUCCACCGUCGUGGUGAAAACUGGAGUGAUACCGACGCCACUUCCGAAUCUAUGGACUCUGAAGCUCAAAUGGCAUCUUUCGCUACCGUUAAGCCCGAACUUCAAAAAGUCAUGUACUACAUGUAAAUUCCAUUCAGCAAUUUAUCAUCUAUUAACCUUCUUUAGUACCAAUUCCUUUAAUGGAACAGUUUGAAAAUUUUAUUUGUUCAAUAAAUUGAGUUAUAAAAAUCUUUAUCGACAUCAACAACAUUAUGACAUUUAAAAAAAAAAAAGGCUGAUUUUCACUUUCUGUUCGUAAUGUCA